AUGCCUUUCCCCCGUUCGUGGCCGCGUCACUAUCCGUUGCCAACAACUUGCUCAGCCCUCUCACGGAUUGUGUGUGACAGCGGCGUGGCUGCAGGCGAGCUGCUUCUUCUCUGGAAAACUGGAAAAAUGCUGUCCUUCGCUGUCAGACAACUGGCUCGGCCAUUGUGCCAGCGUACCCCAGCUCGCAUCUGCGUACGCGGCCAACAGUCUCACGCUGCCAGCCGUGUGGUGGACGAAGAGCGGCCAUGGACGGGCCAGGAAAGUCUGGCUCAGGACGACCCGGAGAUGUGGGACCUGCUGUUGAAGGAGAAAGACCGGCAGUGUCGUGGUUUGGAGCUAAUUGCAUCAGAGAAUUUCUGCAGCCGAGCUGCUCUGGAGGCUCAGGGCUCUUGUCUGAACAACAAAUACUCCGAAGGCUACCCGGGGAGAAGAUACUACGGCGGAGCAGAAGUGGUGGAUCAAAUUGAGCUUCUGUGCCAAAAACGAGCCCUGGAGGCUUUCGACUUGGAUCCGGCCAAGUGGGGUGUCAAUGUCCAGCCUUACUCAGGCUCUCCCGCCAACUUUGCCGUCUACACUGCUGUGCUCAACCCCCAUGACCGCAUCAUGGGUCUGGACCUACCGGACGGAGGACAUUUGACCCAUGGCUAUAUGUCAGAUGUGAAGAGGAUCUCAGCCACCUCCAUCUAUUUUGAGUCCAUGCCCUACAAACUCAAUCCUGCGACAGGACUCAUCGACUACGACCAGAUGGAGCUGACGGCCAAGCUGUUCAGGCCCCGGCUCAUCAUCGCCGGCACCAGCGCCUACGCCCGCCUCAUUGACUACGCUCGCAUCAAGAAGCUGUGCACUGACAUCAAGGCCUACAUGCUGGCCGACAUGGCGCACAUCAGCGGCCUGGUGGCAGCCAAAGCCAUCCCGUCUCCAUUCGAACACGCUGACAUGGUCACGUCCACUACACACAAGUCCCUCCGAGGUGCCAGGGCGGGUCUCAUCUUCUACCGCAAAGGCCUUCGCUCCGUGGACAAGAAGGGCAAGGAAAUUAUGUACAACCUGGAGGACAAGAUCAACUUCUCAGUCUUCCCCUCACUGCAGGGUGGUCCUCACAACCACGCCAUCGCAGGGGUUGCUGUGGCACUCCGACAGGCUCAAUCGCCAAUGUUUAAGGAGUAUAUUGCGAGGGUCAUCAAGAACUCCAAGGCCAUGGCUGAUGCGCUGCUCAGCAAAGGCUACACCUUGGUGUCAGGGGGGACAGAAAACCACCUGGUUCUGGUUGAUUUGCGGCCAAAGGGCAUCGACGGCGCCCGAGCCGAAAGGGUGCUGGAGCUGGUCUCUAUCACGGCCAACAAGAACACCUGCCCCGGCGACAAGAGUGCCCUGACUCCAGGAGGCCUCAGGCUUGGCGCUCCAGCUCUGACCUCCAGGCAGUUCAAAGAAGCCGACUUUGUGCGGGUCGUGGAGCUCAUGGACGAGGGCUUCCAGAUCGCCUUGGACGUGAAGAAAAAGACCGGAAAGCUCCAGGACUUUAAGAACUUCCUACUGGAGGACCCUGAGACGGUGGGCCGUAUUGCUGAGCUGCGCCACCGCGUGGAAGCGUUCGCCAGGCCUUUCCCAAUGCCGGGCUUCCAUGAUCAUUAGAGAGAGCGCCAAGUUAAGAAAAAUAAAUAAAUUGAAGCCUUGUAUUGAGAUUUAACAAUAAGGUUUGCCAGAUUUUAUAGAAGAGAAGAACCUAUUUUCUAUUGUACGUUUAAAAGACUGUUGCCGAUGUUCAUUGAGAGACACUCGCUAGUCUUAAUGUUGGAAAGCAACUAACGCAGCAUCACUCAUUUAGACGGGGUUUGCCAAGGUUUUUUUUCUAUCAUCCGAUCCUUUCGUCCUGCAUCUCAUUAUCCAGCCAAGGGAAAGCUGUGUUACUACAUGAAAGUCAUCUCUGCUAUUUAUGCUACAAACAGUUGUCACUGUUGCAUGAAUUGUGAUAAUUUUGUCAGCAGAUUUUACAACAAUGGUUUCCAACCCCAUUUCAAACAUCAUUCUCCCCUCUUCAUUGCAUCAAAAUUUAAAAACUCGGCUAUGUUGAGUUUGUAAGUUCUCCCGUUGCAUGGGUUUUCUGCAGCCUACUCCCACAUUCCAAAAGCAUGAAGACUCAAAAUUGUCCUUCCAAGUGAAUGGUUGUUUGUCUAUGUGGCUUGCCAUUCACUGGCAACCAAUCCAGGGUCUACCCUGCUUUUUUUUUUCUUCUUCAACAGGGAUAGGCUCCAGCUAACCCACGACCAACGACAAGCACCAUUGAAAAUAGAUAAAUGGGAAGAAAAACUGACAAGCACAAUAUUUUGUAUAGCUAAUACAUUUCAACUAAAUAUUGUUUUUCACAAAAUAUAUUGGGUUCACAGACCGUUAUAAUCACUGCAUCAGUGAUAAAUUUGUGUCUGUCUUUUCUUCCUUUGCACAGCAUCUCUUGAAAGAAUACAUGUUGCCAAAACAUCCAUUUUAUGUCUCCCAUGCAACAUUGACAGUCUUAAUAAAAUCAACUCAAAGUAA